UCUGCUUCGUCUUCGUUGUCUUCUUCAUCAAGAAAAAAAAAAGUUUACAAAAUCAUGAAGCUUGAUACUAGUGGUCUUGAAUCAACUGCCCCGCUCUUUGGGUCUCUGAGCAGUGGGAUUCAUGAUGAGAUUUCUGCCGCCCCAUCUUUUGCGCUUCCUAAUACUAUCAAUUUUGAUGGAUUCCAGAAAGAGGCUAUACAGAUGGUGAAGCCAGCAAAGGGAACCACCACGCUUGCGUUCAUAUUCAAAGAGGGUGUCAUGGUUGCUGCUGAUUCUCGAGCUAGCAUGGGAGGCUAUAUCUCAUCACAGUCUGUAAAGAAAAUCAUUGAAAUCAAUCCUUACAUGCUUGGCACUAUGGCUGGAGGAGCUGCUGACUGUCAGUUUUGGCACAGAAAUCUGGGCAUUAAGUGCCGAUUGCACGAAUUGGCAAACAAGCGCAGAAUUUCAGUUACAGGAGCAUCAAAGCUGUUGGCAAACAUUCUGUACUCUUACCGUGGAAUGGGUCUGUCUGUUGGGACCAUGAUUGCUGGAUGGGAUGAGACGGGUCCUGGCCUAUAUUAUGUGGACAGUGAAGGAGGAAGGCUCAAGGGAACACGAUUUUCAGUUGGAUCUGGUUCACCCUAUGCUUAUGGUGUCCUGGACAAUGGUUACCGGUAUGAUAUGUCAAUCGAAGAAGCUGCAGAGUUGGCUAGAAGGUCUAUUUAUCAUGCAACAUUCCGUGAUGGUGCCAGUGGUGGAGUUGCUAGCGUUUAUUAUGUGGGACCUGAUGGAUGGAAAAAGCUCUCUGGUGAUGAUGUUGGAGAACUUCAUUACCACUACUAUCCAGUUAUGCCGAGCACAGUGGAACAGGAAAUGGUUGAAGUAACUGGGCAAUAAAGCUCUUGCUGAACUUGGACUCUGCUAUAGAUGUUCUCUCCGUAAGAGAUGGAUUCCAAGAUAUGCUUACAAGGCCUAAAAUCCUUUAAGCAUAUGCAUUUCCAGUUGGUCUUUGAAACAAUUUAUAGAUAGACUUGUCUUUAAGGUUAUCACUUAUCUGAGCCCAAUGAUUCAUGGCUGUGUAGUUUUGUUGGGCAGACUAUUGUUGCUGAUUGUUCCAAAGUUUUAAUUAAUUCUAUUUGGUUUUACCAUA